UUUGGGUAUAAAUACAAUCAGGAAUCGCCGUCGCCCCUCCUCGCCUUCUCAUUUUCGAAGACAGUCGCUUCGACCUCACGUCUCUGAGUUAUGUACUGAUUUAACUUCAUUGUACAAGUUUUUGAAUCUUCUAUAGGGCUUUUAAACCUACAGCAAAGAUGCAGAACGAAGAGGGACAAAACAUGGACCUUUACAUUCCUAGGAAAUGUUCCGCCACAAAUAGGUUAAUUACUGCAAAGGACCAUGCAUCUGUACAGAUUAAUGUUGGACAUUUGGAUGAGAAUGGCAUCUAUACUGGUCAAUUUACCACCUUUGCUCUUUGUGGUUUUGUCCGUGCCCAGGGAGAUGCUGACAGUGCAGUUGAUCGUCUCUGGCAGAAGAAGAAAACUGAACUUCGACAACAAUAGAGAAGUCAGAGAACGGUGACCGCAGAUGGCCCUUUUGCCGUUUGAGAAAAUUUUCUUAUUUUGUUAUUAGAGAACUGGAGUCUCUGUAGUAUAAUGGCUUAUGUUUGUUGCUUUAUCUAUUUUGUGAUUGGGUGUGUUGGUGCCAGUACUUAUGUGAAUUUAUUACUGUGGUCUAAUCUUUUAAGGUGAGACAUUAUUAUUUUAUGGUGGAUGAUGAUUUCUUUGUUUUUGUUGCAAA